GAUUUGCAGCAGUUGCUAGGAUAGUUACUUAGUUGAUAAAAUUAAUUAUUUGGUAUUUCGGUUUGGUCAUUUAUUUGCUAGGUUAAAUAAUAAAAUUAUUUUUUAUGUUUAUAGGUCUACAUGUUUCUUAAUAUUUGAAUUAUAUCUCGUUACUUGUGACAUCAAUUCAGGGAUUACAUUCUCCUUUCGCAUUUUUUAAAACCGUUUUAUUGACUAAAAUUUGACUUUCGUAUUUUUAAAUUAUAAACGGAAAUACACUGAAAAACGGACCGGUUUCCAUUUCCCGGUACUCCCGAUCAGUACAGGAAACCGUAAAUUUUACCGGUUUCCAGUAAAUACGGGACGAGAAGUUCGUCCCUGCAUCAAUUAGAUCAUUUAGUUUUGUCUAAAAAAAUAGCUUUAUCCUAGUAGCUCGGUAGCCCCUGAUCUGUUUCUACUGCUCGGCCCGUUCUAUCACAGAUCCAUGGCGGAGAAGGAGGCGGCGGCUACGUGGGGUGGCGACGACAAGCUCAUUCUGCGCGGCCUUCAGUUCCAUGGCUUCCACGGUGUCCUGCAGGAGGAGAAGACGUUGGGACAGAAGUUCGUGGUUGACAUCGACGCCUGGAUAGACCUCGCCGCUGCCGGCGAGUCCGACUGCAUUGCUGACACCGUCAGCUACACCGAUAUCUACAGCAUUGCAAAGGAUGUUGUCGAGGGCACGCCACGCAACCUCUUGGAGUCGGUAGCUCACUCGAUCGCAGAGGCCACGCUGCUCAAGUUCCCUCAGAUCUCCGCAGUCCGAGUGAAGGUUGGCAAGCCUCACGUCGCGGUGCGAGGCGUUCUGGACUACCUGGGCGUGGAGAUAACGAGGCACAGAAAGAAAGAAUGAGAUGCUGUACACAUGUGGUGAUGGGGAGCCAGUUCAAUGCUGAUGGCACUGCGGCCAUAACCAUAAUCCACGCACGCUUGUUGCUUGUUGGCAACUAGGCAUAUCCCUUUCACCUCUGAACUGUUGGAAUAUCGGGAAUCUGUUCCCCUAGUUGCUUUAUUACGAAUUCAGAUCAUAUCUGGCUAGUAAGAUCAACCUUCUUCUGGUCUGUAACAUCUUUUUUUUUUGUCCAUGUUGCUAGUCGUUGCU